AUGAAGAAGACACUCAUCCUGUGUUUCAUCCAUGGAUUUCAGGGGGGAGAAUCAACCUUUGGGGACGACUAUCGGUUCGCAGAACACUUGCGCGAUCUGGUCGCCGCCGAGUUGCCCAAAAUCAAUAUAAAGACUCUUGUAUACCCCAAGUAUGAGACGAGGGGCGACCUUGGCGAGACUGUCAGUCGUUUUCGCAGCUGGCUGGAGGACAAGGUCAUUGACCUGGAGGUGGCGACGGGCACACCCUCGCCAACCAUUGACCCGUCGGUAAGGACCAUCCUCAUCGGCCACUCCAUGGGCGGCAUCGUCGCGGCAGAAAUGGUCAUCGCCAUCGCAUCCGAGCAGCCCAUCUACUCCGAGGACGGGAUCCAGAAGAGCGCCACGCUCCCCUCGUCCUUCAACUCCCUCCUGUUCCCCUACAUCCAGGGCGUGCUGGCCUUCGACACCCCGUACCUCGGCAUAGCGCCCGGCGUCGUGGCCCACGGCGCAGAGGGCCACUACCAGAACGCCGCCUCGGCCAUCACCCAGCUCAGCGGCCUCGGCGCCUCGCUGUGGGGGGCGAACAAGGCCGCGACCAGCACCAGGGCAGCGCCGCCCUCAGCCGGUGCUCUCCCUCCAGCUACCGGCACCGGCAACAAGUCCGCGGGCGGCUGGGGCACCUGGGGCAAGGUGGCCAUGGUUGCCGGUGCCGCGGGGGCCGUGGCGGCCGGGGGCGCCGCGGCGUGGAUGAACCGCGACCACAUCGGCGAGGGCUGGACGUGGGUGAGCUCGCACCUCGAGUUCGUGGGGUGCCUCGCGCGGGCCGAGGAGCUCAAGAAGCGGGUCAGCUACAUGGUCCGGCUGAACGAGGAGCUGAGCGUCGGGUUCGCCAACCUGUACACGCGGCUGGGGAGGGCCGCCUCGAGCAAGAAUGUCAGCAUGGUGGGCACGGUGCUGGGGAGCGAGAGGACGUUCUGCAACCUGCCCAGGUCGCAGGCUGCGGGCGUGUGGAAGGAGGCGGUGAAUGACAAGGCUACGGAUGAGACUGUUGCGCAUAUGACCAUGUUUGAGCCGAAAGAGAACCCUGAUUACGAGACGUUGUCCGAGACUGCUAAGACGCUGAUUGCAGAGUGGGUGUCCAAGGAAUGGUAUGAGACAAGCGAAGAACCCAUGCCUUUGCUCGAGCAGGCACCGUCACCGUAG